GGCACGGCGCCGGGGCUCAGUCUCCUCUACUGUGAAAUGGCGAUAACUGUAUGUGCCGGGUGACAGCACGUGGCGCGCGGCGGGUGGCGGGGAUGGCAGCGGUGCGAUCCCACGCCUCCAGAACCCCACCUUCCCGCGGCCCCCAAUCGGCCCCGCCCCGGGGGCGCCCCAGCUGCACGCGCGGCGCUGGCUCCAAAGUGCGUCACGGGCACCGUCCGCGCUCCUUCUGCCGCCAGGGCGAGGCUGGCACCCGGCCAGCGCGGGCAGGGCCACGGGUGCCCGGCUGUCUCCCGGGUGUGGAAGGCGCUCAAGGUGCGCGGCCCGGGACGCGCUACUGGGGGCGCCCUCCGCGGCGGGCAGCGCGCCAGGGACCGGCCUGGGCAGCCGCCGGGCGCGCGAAGGCUGCGCUUUCCCUACGGCCCUCCUCGCUUCCUCCCAUACGGCGGCAGCGGAGAUUUCCUCUCUUGGAAACUACGCGGAUCCUUUUCGGGGAUCCUCGCCCCGCCCCAGUUCUCCGCCCCCUCCCCUUUGCUGGGGCGCCUGCACUGGCCCGCUCAGGGGAGGAGGCUCUGGCAGCCUGGGCGGGGAGGUGGCGGGGGGCCGCGGAGUCGCUGGCCAUCGAUUCGCCCCGCCAUGUGACGCCGUCCUUAGCCCUGCGACCCCCCGCGCGUCCCGGGCCUGCGCGCCCGCCCCGCCGCGCCGAGCACCAUGCUCCUGCCGGGACCUGCACGCCAGCCGCCGGCGCCCCAGCCCGCGCAGCAUCCCGGCCUCCGCCGGCAGGUAGAGCCGCCGGGGCAGCUCCUGCGCCUCUUCUACUGCACUGUCCUCGUCUGCGCCAAAGAGAUCUCAGCGCUCAGCGACUUCUCUGGUUACCUAACCAAACUCCUGCAAAACCACACCACCUAUGCCUGUGAUGGGGACUAUUUGAAUCUACAGUGCCCUCGGCAUUCUACGAUAAGUGUCCAAUCGGCAUUUUAUGGGCAAGAUUACCAAAUGUGUAGUUCCCAGAAGCCCGCCUCCCAGAGGGAAGACAGCUUAACCUGUAUGGCACCCACCACCUUCCAGGUGCUGGACGAAUGCCAGAACCAGCGGGCCUGCCACCUCCUGGUCAAUAGCCGUGUUUUUGGACCUGACCUUUGUCCAGGAAGCAGUAAAUACCUCCUGGUCUCCUUUAAAUGCCAACCUAAUGAAUUAAAAAACAAAACCGUGUGUGAAGACCAGGAGCUGAAACUGCACUGCCAUGAAUCCAAGUUCCUCAACAUCUACUCUGCGACCUACGGCAGGAGGACCCAGGAAAGGGACAUCUGCUCCUCCGAGGCAGAGCGGCUUCCCCCUUUCGAUUGCUUGUCUUACUCAGCUUCGCAAGUCCUGUCCCGAAGGUGCUAUGGGAAGCAGAGAUGCAAAGUCAUCGUCAACAAUCACCAUUUUGGAAGCCCCUGUUUGCCAGGUGUGAAAAAAUACCUCACUGUGACCUACGCAUGUGUUCCCAAGAACAUACUCACAGCGAUUGAUCCAGCCAUUGCUAAUCUAAAACCUUCUUUGAAGAAGAAAGAUGGUGAAUAUGGUAUAAACUUCGACCCAAGCGAAUCGAAGAUUCUGAGGAAAGAUGGAAUUCUUGUUAGCAACUCUCUGGCAGCCUUUGCUUACAUUAGAGCCCACCCGGAGAGAGCUGCCCUGCUGUUCGUGUCCAGUGUCGGCAUCGGCCUGGCCCUCACAUUGUGUGCCCUGGUCAUCAGAGAGUCCUGUGCCAAGGACUUCCGCAAGUUGCAGCUGGGGAGGGAGCAGCUGGUGCCAGGAAGUGACAAGACCGAGGAGGACAGCGAGGGUGAAGAAGAGGAGGACUCCUCGGAGUCUGAUUUCCCAGGGGAACUGUCGGGGUUCUGUAGGACUUCAUAUCCUGUCUACAGUUCCAUAGAAGCUGCAGAGCUUGCAGAAAGGAUUGAGCGCAGGGAGCAAAUCAUUCAAGAAAUAUGGAUGAAUAGUGGUUUGGACACCUCACUCCCAAGAAACAUGGGCCAGUUCUACUGAAAACCACAUGCAUCUUAAUGCAGUCACACUUUCUGAAGAAGGAAGGUUCCCAAAUGCCCCUCCAGUUCUGGUUCACCUGUACCUUCUAUGAAGGAGAAUUUGUCAUGUCAUCCAACACUCGUGAGGCCAGGAAGCUAUUAAAGGGAUGUUUCAAGCUGUUUCCAGCACAUUCCAAAAUAAAUGAGGAGGGAAGAGUC